UUGGUCAAACAUUACCCCCUCCAAUUUGUAGCGGUUAUCUCCAAAACCUGUUGCUACAAUAAGUUCAUGCGUUUUUAUCGUUACUUUUGUAUUGUCUAUAUUUGAAAAAUGUAGUAAGUAGUAACUGUGAUGAGAAACCAAGUCUGGCAUCAUGAUCAGAAAAACAAUAGGAACCAUACCCACCGUUCCCAACCUCAAAACCCUCAAACAAAUCCACGCUUUAAUGAUCAUCAACGGUUUCGAAACUUCCAACGUUCUUUUCCUCAGAAAACUCGUCUUAACCACCUCCACGUCACUCGUAGGUCCCACAGCCACACCAACCGUCACAAACUACGCACACCAACUGUUCGCUCAAAUUCCCCAACCAGACACAUUCAUGUUUAACACCAUGAUUCGUGGUUCCUCUCAGAGCCCUGAUCCACUACGUGCGGUUUCACUGUACGCUCAAAUGCACUACCGUUCAUUGAAGCCUGAUAGCUAUACUUUCCCUUUUGUUCUCAAGGCUUGUACAAAGCUUAUAUGGGUUAAUACCGGUUCAGCUGUUCAUGGUUUGGCUGUGAGAUUUGGGUUUUGUUCAAACACGUUUGUGAGGAAUGCUCUUUUGGUUUUUCAUGCUAAAUGUGGUGACUUGAAGGUUGCGACUUCGAUUUUUGAUGAUUCAUGUAAGGGUGAUGUGGUUGCUUGGUCUUCACUCAUAGCUGGGUAUGCCAAACGUGGGGAUUUGAAGGUUGCGAGGAAACUGUUUGAUGAAAUGCCUGAGAGAGAUUUGGUGUCAUGGAAUGUGAUGAUUACCGGGUAUGCUAAGCAAGGGGAGAUGGAGAGUGCUAGGAUGCUUUUUGAUGAGGCUCCUGUGAAGGAUGUUGUUAGUUGGAACGCAGUGAUCGCGGGUUAUGUGGUUUGUCGUUUGAACCGACAGGCGUUGGAGUUGUUCGAUGAGAUGAGUAGAGUUGGUGGGGUUUAUCCGGAUGAAGUGACGUUGUUGAGUUUGUUGUCUGCUUGUGCUGAAUUGGGGGAUUUGGAAAAUGGUCGAAAAGUGCAUGCGGAGAUCAUGGAGAUUAGUAUGGGAAAGGUGAACACAUUGUUAGGGAAUGCUCUUGUUGAUAUGUAUGCCAAAUGUGGAAACAUUGAAGAAGCAAUUCAUGUCUUUUGGUCGAUAAGAGAUAAAGAUGUGAUAUCGUGGAACACAGUCAUCGUCGGAUUGGCUUUUCAUGGACAUGGUGAGGAAUCACUUGGUCUGUUUAAGGAGAUGCUGAGGACAAAGAUUUGUCCAAAUGAUAUCACCUUUGUUGGUGUUUUAGCAGCUUGUAGUCAUGCUGGAAAAGUUGAUGAGGGUUAUCGGUAUUUUGAUCUUAUGAGAAGUGAGUAUAAGAUUGAGCCAAACAUUAGGCAUUGCGGCUGUAUGGUAGACAUGCUAGGACGUGCCGGACUGUUAAACAAAGCGGCCGAGUUCAUUGACUCCAUGAAGAUUGAACCUAAUGCAAUUGUUUGGAGGACUUUGCUUGGAGCUAGCAAGGUUCAUGGAGAUGUGGAGUUUGCAAAAGUGGCUAAUGAGAGGCUGCUUAGAAUGAGAAAGGACCAUAGUGGUGACUAUGUACUGAUGUCAAACUUAUAUGCUUCGCGAGGUGAGUGGGAUGGAGUUGAGAAGGUAAGGAAGUUAAUGGACGACAGUGGUGUCACAAAAAAUCGUGGCUCUAGCUUUGUUGAAGCAUGUACCUGAUUAACAUUGAAAUAUCUUUCGCGCACAACUGUGAAGAGUAACCUCUUAAGCUGAGUCAGAUCACAUGAGCAGCAAAUUUCCUCCUUGAGAAUUUUAAUGCUUCUGCCAUCUCAUGGCUUGGAUUCAAAUUUAAAACCACUGAUUAAGCUGAAAAUGACUCUCAUUAUCUCAUCCAAGUGCUCUUUGGUUGCAACCAUACUUUUUAAGUUAUGGUUAUAGUGGCAAUAACAACUAUGUCACAAUUUUUUGAAAUUGCAGAAAUUUACAAACAAAUACAGUUAAUGUCACAGUGUGUUUGCAGCUAUAAUGUAACUGCUGAGAUUUUUGAAACCUUGAUAUUGUAGUGUAGCUGCAAUAUGAUUUUUUUAAUUGUAAUCUAAAACAUUAGCUAAAACUAUAGUGGGUCGAUGCUAGCCAAUUGCAGUAAAUAUUGCCUGAGUAUCGACUUUAUAUAGUUAGAGCAAAGUUGUGAAUAUGGCAAUGUGUAUCAUGUGAUGAACGUCACAAUGAAAAUUUUUACUAUGAGAAUGUCAAUUCCGCAAA